AAGCAAGAGGGAGAGCACUUUUUCAAUCUUUACAUGCUCCUACUCCGAAUUAAUUUCAAUUUGUUCUAUUUGGAGAGUCAAAUCCCAACUCCAAUGGCGCCAUAAAUGCCAAAAUCUGAAUCCUCUCUCAAGAUCCAAACAACGUCCGCCAUGGAAAUCGCCUCCUCAACCAAGGAUCCCAAAUCCAUCCGCUCCCGUCGACGCCGCAACACCUGCAUCGGAGUCUCAAUCGCCACCGUCCUCCUCCUCAUAGUUCUAAUCGUCAUUUUAGCCUUCACAGUCUUCAAAGCCAAACGCCCAAUCACCGCCAUCAACUCCGUAGCCCUAGCCGACCUUGAUUUGUCGCUCAACAUAGCUAGAUCCGCCGUCGGCCUCAACAUCACACUAAUCGUCGACGUCUCAAUCACAAACCCUAACAAGGUCGGAUUCAGCUAUUCCAACAGCACCGCACUGCUCAAUUACAGAGGCGAACUUAUCGGCGAGGCGCCGAUUCCGUCUGGCCGUAUCAAUGCGAACCAGAGCAAGCGGAUGAACAUCACGGUCACGAUCAUGGCGGAUCGGCUUCUGAGGUCGUCGACGGUGUUGUCCGACGUCGUCGCCGGAUCUAUACCGUUGAAUACGUACACGAGAAUUUCAGGUAAGGUGAGGAUUUUAGGGAUUUUCAAAAUUCGAGUUGUUUCGAGUACGUCCUGUGAUUUCACGAUCGACAUAUCGGAUAGGAAAAUUGGAGAUCAGCAGUGUAGUUAUCAUACAAAGAUCUAAUUGCUUAAGCGCUUUUAAAUCGUAAAUUAUGAACAGAUUUGUAGGUGGAUUUAGAGCUGUUCUUCCACUGUUCUAAUUGGUUUAUUUGAUUUUGUUACUAUUUUUGAAGCGUUCUUCCCUCUUUGAAUUGUUUGUUCUUUCAUUGUUCAUCAGUUCAUCAGUUUUAGUGGGAUACUUGUAAGGAUUCGAAUAAGAUAAUCUUAAAUUUAAAAUUUUAUGGAUUAAUUUUAUAAUUUAAUAAUUUUACAUUAAAGGUGUGGGAGGGAAGGUUGAAGAUGGUUGAUUGUUGAAUUCUAAAUUUUUUUUUUUUUU